CUCUCCCUCUCCCACCCUUCGUCUCGUCUUUUUUUCUCUUCUCUUCUCUUCUCUCUCUCUCCCUUUCUCUUCUCCAGACAAGUUCAAUUGAUAUCCCUUCAUCGUCAAUUCCUCUCUACAAAGAGUCGACUUGCUUUCAACAUGAAGGCCUCUGUCAUUGUCUCUGUCGCCCUCGGCGCUUCCAUGGGCCUCGCCACCACCCUGGCUGAGCUCCCAGGCUGCUCUCAAGCCUGUCUGUCGAGCAUGCUGGGCAAGGCUUCUGAGCUUGGAUGCCCUCCUCACGACCCCGGCUGUCUCUGCCAGCACCCUGACUUCACCCACGGUCUGCGUGACUGCACCCGGGAGGCCUGCCCUGGCGAGAACAUUGACGAUGUUGUCAAGAAGGGUCAGGAGGCCUGCAAGGAAAUGGGCGGUGCUCCAGGAAGCUCCACUGGUGCUCCUACUACCGGCACCGGCUCUGGCACUGCUACCGGAACUCCCACCUCUGGCUCCGGCUCUGAGACCACCGCUCCCCCCACCAGCGGCUCUGGCUCUGCCCCUGCCCCAACCUCCGGUGGCCACUCUACCCCUUACACCACCAUCCCUGCUGGCCCAACCGUCAUCACCUCCGGCACCAAUGUCAUCACCACCAGCCGCCCUGCCACCACUCUCUACACCGAGGUCUCUGGCUCCCAGUCCGGCUCCGAGUCCGGCUCCUCCACUGGCUCUGGCUCCGAGUCCACCUCCGGCCCCGAGCCUACCUCUGCAACCUCCUCCGAGGGUGGCUCCAGCCCAUCCUCCACCGAGGGCAGCGGCGGCAGCGGCGGCAGCGGUGGCAGCGAGACCUCUGGCUCUGGCAACGGCCCAUCCCCAACCCCCUCCCAGGGUAUGGCUCCCAAGGCUACUGGUCUUGGUGUUGCUGGUGCCAUCGGUCUCGUUGCCCUCCUCGCCUUGUAA